GCUCCCGACCUUCUUGACCCCAAAACAGCCGCUCACAACUCCAAGCCCCGCCUGUCUUUUUCGGCCAAGCCAGUGGUCCUGAACUCCCCCGAGGACUUUGAGACCCGGGUCACGGUCAUGCGCUGGAAGACAGUGUCGGCCAUCUUCCUGCUGGUGGUUCUGUACCUGAUCAUUGGAGCGACCGUUUUCAAAGCACUGGAGCAGCCUCACGAACGCUCACAGAAACUGGCUAUUCUAGCAGAGAAACUGGAAUUCCUGUCUGUUCAUCCCUGCGUCAACUCCUCAGACCUUGAAGACCUCGUGAAGCAAGUGGUGUCUGCCAUUCGUGUCGGUGUCAAUCCGUCAGGAAAUUCAUCCAAUCAGACAAGUCUAUGGGACCUGAGCAGCUCCUUCUUCUUUGCUGGAACAGUCAUUACUACAAUAGGUUUUGGGAAUAUCUCUCCCCACACUGAAGGAGGAAGGAUAUUCUGUAUCGUGUAUGCCUUGUUGGGAAUCCCGCUGUUCGGAUUCUUACUGGCAGGUGUGGGAGACCAACUGGGAACCAUUUUUGGGAAAGGGAUUGCCAAAGUGGAGAAGAUGAUCGUAAAAUGGAAAGUGAGCCAGACCAAGAUCCGUGUGAUCUCCACCAUGCUCUUCAUCCUGUUUGGCUGCCUCCUUUUUGUUGCCCUUCCGGCAGUCAUCUUCAAACACAUCGAAGGAUGGGGCACGCUUGAGUCCAUCUACUUUGUUGUCAUCACCUUGACAACCAUCGGCUUCGGAGAUUUUGUGGCAGGCGGUUCUGAGAUUGACUAUUUGGACUAUUACAAACCCGUGGUGUGGUUCUGGAUUCUAGUGGGCCUGGCGUACUUUGCCGCUGUGCUCAGUAUGAUAGGAGACUGGUUCCGAGUCAUAUCCAAGAAAACAAAAGAAGAGGUGGGAGAGUUUCGUGCACACGCAGCAGAGUGGACGGCAAACGUAUCGGCAGAGUUUAAAGAGACACGGCGACGUUUAAGCGUCGAUAUCUACGACAAGUUUCAGCGCGCUGCGUCCAUCAAACGCAAACUCUCGGCCGAGCUGGGCUUGAAUCCCGCCACCAACCAGGAGAUGACACCCGGUAAACGCACCCUCUCUGUCAACCUGGGAGAUGAGAGGGAGCCUUACCCUGCUUUCCCUCUCGGCCGAAAUGGCAGCCUCUACCUCAAUGGCCUGAGCCCAGAGUACGCUGACCGCAGAGAGAUUGCUAUUAUUGAGCACCUGACGUAG